AUGACGCGGUUACUGCUGUCAUUCACUGCGCUCGCCGCGCUGGCGCCUCUCGUGAGCGCCGGCAUCAAGUUCAAAAGCCCGAUCGCCGGCGCCGAAUUGACCGCUGGCACCGCAAUUGAGAUCGAGUGGGAGGAAGGCGGCACUGGUCCCUCGAUCAGCGAGUUGACCACUUACCAGCUCAUCCUGGUCGGCGGUGGUCAGAAGGAUACAGAGCAGCAGGUCGUCAAGGUCCUCACAACAGCGGGUAACUUUGCGCUGGGAGGCAACAAGGCGUCUGCUCUGGUAGAGACAGGUCUGCCUGGAGCGAGCAAGCCCGCCAAUGCUUACUUCAUCAAGAUGGUCGCCGUUGGCAAGACUGGAGGUGAAUUCACUACAUACUCCGACCGAUUCUCGUACUCCGGCAUGACAGGCGCAUGGGGAACGAACGUGAACACGGACGAUAUCGAUGGCACAGACGGACCUGCGGCAAAGGAUACAACGAGCGACGCUGCUGGCGGAGCAGCAGGCGCAGACGGCGAUUACGACGUCGCCUACACAAUGCAGACGGGCCCUACAAGAUAUGCGCCUAUGCAGCCCAUUCCACCGAAGACGGUCACAGCAAAGAACACGAAGCCCUUGUACCCUACAAGUAGCGUCCAGAUUGCGACAACCUUCUUGCCGAUCCCGAGCAUCCAGACCACCAUCACACAGGUUCAGACUUUCUCGGUCAGCAGCGUUGAGAACACAGUUGCUGCGGCUUCUCACCCAACAGACGACAUGCAGAAGUUCUUGAACAGGUGGAAGGACUAG